AUGACGCAUUGCCAGUCGGUGGCGGGAACGUGUUAUGUGCUGUAUUCAGAAAUGACCGCUAUCUUCAAAGCUAAAGAAUUUAAACCUUAAAUACUUAAUUGAAUUAAUAGUCGAGUCACUUAUGCAGUUCAGUGUUGUACUUAUAUCAUAUAUCGAUGGGGUUAUGAUGCUGUCCUGAAGUAUUUAUUAUCGAACACAAUCAAGUGCUCGAGCAUCACCGGGUGAUGUAAGACAGCGCGAGACAGAGGAUUCUCAUAACGGAAAAUAUUGUUAUUAAAAUGAGCUUUUUCAACCUAGACCGGUUCCGUUUCCAAAGGGACAACGCAGCCGACAGUCACUGUAAAUCGUCGGAUGGAUCCAACUCCGAUAAGGAAAAUCAACGUGCCCACCAAAGAAAGACAGAUGGUCGAUGUGCAUCAGGCAAGGCAUCAAGACAUGCAUUAGAGGAUGUUUCUACCGAUGACAAAGCUGUCAGGACGGGCAAGGAUACAACAUCAGUGACCAAGCACCAGAUAAGCAAGGAUAUGGAGGACAAAAUCAUCAAACUAAUAGAGAUGUUCCCUCAGAAGAGCAAGAAAGAUCUAUUGGAGGUAGUUGAAAGCACCAGCACGCUGGAGGGAGCUAUAGCACAUUGUUUGAUGGUUUAUGGAGAUGACGAUUCAGGCAGACAGAAAGGCAAAGCGAGAUAUAGUGAAGAUGAUGAUUACGAUCAGCCAACGAAGAGGAGAAAAAUUGUGCGUUCAGCUUCGGAAUCUGAGGAGGAGGAAGAAUAUUCUGAUGAUGAGGAGAGUCAAGAGCCAAGCAGAGAGAGGCAGGAGGCUCUGUUGAAGAAGCUGAAAAAUAAACUGCCUGAUAUUGAAAAAGAGGUCUUGAGGGAUGUCCUGAGAGAGCAUGACUGGGACUAUGAGAAUGCCUUGGGAUCACUGCUUGUGUUUUCAUCAACAGGUUCAAGUUCACCAGAGGAUCGGAGAAAACAAAAGUCGAAAUCAUCUCACUCCAGGGAAAAAAAGGACAAGAGCUCACAAAAGCCUGACAGCUCGUCUAGUCUGUCAAGAUGGCUGACAGCGGUACCGUCUCCUGUGCCAAAAGUUUCUAGUGUGUCUACUCAAAAAACACAAAAAUCAACAGUCAGCAAAAACACAUCCUUUAAGCGGAAGAGGGGCGAUGAAUUGCUGUUAAAUUAUGUCAGUGCCUCUGAGGAUGAAGAGGAGAUUGACAGUGAUGUUGAGAGUAUCUCUGAUGAUCUGGACUCAGAGGAUGAGGACAGCAUCUCUGGCAAUCUCCAGGACAAGAUCAUUCAGUUUCUCCAAGAGGCUUCCCUAGAUGAGCUGGCUCUAAUAUCUGGCUGCUCAAUCAAAAAAGCCCAGAAGAUCAUUUCGCUGAGGCCUUUUAACACUUGGAAAGAUGUGAAAGAGCAGUUCUAUAAGGAUAAUGGCCUGUCUAUAGAGCUGGUACAUGGCUGCAAGGUCGUGCUUAAGGAGAGGCAGGUGGUUAGAGACCUUAUGGGAAGAUGUGAGAAGAUUGCACAGAAAAUGACUAAAGAUGUUACCCAGGUCAUAGAAGCAGGCAUGGGUUCCAUCAAGCAACCCAAAGUCCUGAACCGCAAUUUCAAACUCCAGCCAUAUCAGCUGAUCGGCUUGAAAUGGCUGAUUCUUCUACACCAGCAUAAGCUGAGUGGCAUCCUGGCAGAUGAAAUGGGACUGGGUAAAACUAUUCAGGCCAUCUCAUUCCUGGCUCAUUUGUAUGAAAAUGGAAUCAAGGGCCCUCAUCUUAUUACCGUACCCUCGUCCACACUGGAUAACUGGGUUCGUGAGCUGGGUCUUUGGUGUCCCAGUCUUAAAGUUCUUAUUUACUAUGGGUCUGUGGAAGACCGCAGAUACUUGCGACAAGACAUCCUCAGUGGCUUAGUUGAAUUCAACAUCAUAGUAUCCACUUACAAUCUCACAAUAGGGAAUGACCAUGACCGCAGUCUGUUCCGCAAGCUGAGGCUGAAGUAUGCAGUGUUUGAUGAGGGCCACAUGCUGAAAAAUAUGAACUCUCAACGCUACCGCCACCUCAUGGCCAUCAAUGCUGAGCACAGAUUGCUGCUGACAGGAACGCCUUUACAGAACAACCUGCUGGAGCUCAUGUCCCUCCUGAACUUCAUCAUGCCCUCCAUGUUCUCCAGCAGCACCUCACAGAUCUCCAAAAUGUUCUCUACGGAGCCGACACAUUUUGAUGCCGACCCUGCGCUGAUCCAGGAGGACAUGGAAGUGAUGUCUGAUUUUGAGCUGCAUAGUUUAUGUAAGCAGUACAGCUCCAUCAGCAGUUUUCAGCUGGAGAAAGCGCUCCUCUUAGACUCUGGGAAGUUUGCACUUUUAACCAAAAUACUCUCCAGGCUCAAAGAAAAGGGUGAUAGGGUUGUCCUUUUCAGUCAGUUCACCAUGAUGCUGGACAUUGUGGAGAUUCUGCUCAAACACCUUGACCAUCAGUUUGUUCGACUGGAUGGUUCUACUCCCAUGGCGGAGAGGAUUGGUCUCAUUGACAAAUACAAUACAAACCCUGAAAUUUUUGUGUUCCUCCUGUCGACCCGGGCUGGGGGGCAGGGGAUCAACCUCACCUCUGCAAACACAGUGAUACUGCAUGACAUUGAUUGCAAUCCAUUCAAUGAUAAACAAGCAGAGGACCGCUGUCAUCGAAUGGGGCAAACCAGAACAGUGCAGGUGAUCAAGCUCAUCAUCAGAGGUUCAACUGAGGCCUGCAUGCUCCGAGUGGGACAGGAGAAGCUGAAACUGGAACAGGACAUGACCACUGAUGGAGAUGAGGUCGGUGCUAUAACUGAACAAAUGGCAGAGCUGCUCAAAGUCUCACUGGGCCUUUGAAACCUGAAGAAUGUGAAAGUCAGAGUGGUAGUUGACUGUACAUUUCCCCCCACUCCUCAAGAAUAAACACCGCAACUUGAGACUGAUUUGAUGUGGUUUUGGUAAGGACUAGCACUUUUUUUCCCAAUGUCCAAAUAUUAGAAGUCAGUAAAUGCACAGGAGGUUGUGUUACUCAGGGAUCACCUGAAGUACCCAUGUUAAUAUUCCACACUGGAGAUCUAUGUCAUAUGUGCCUGAAAGACUGUACCUCACCUACCCAGCUCAGUUUAGCCCACAUAGGACUGGUGAGUUGGUUCCAGAUUUGUGACCUUGUUGACUAAAGGCACUGCUGCAAAUAACUGGUUAUACUUGUAUUUUAACAGUUGUUGUUUAAUGUGUAUCUCCUUGUAUUGUGU